GGCGUGACCUCGUGUGGGGGGUGUGGCUUCCGGGCACGGGGUGUAGUCCUCCAGCCUCCAGGGGCCGCUGUGGGCGGCGUUGUGAUACUGAGCUGGGCAGUUUGUAAGCAACCACAGAGCGGGGCCUGGGCCAGGGUGACCACUAGGCUGAGCUGUGGCGAACCCUGGGCGGGGGCACGGGGCAGCAGUCGUUGUUCCAGCCGCCACCGUGACUGGGCUAGCCCCGCCUCCCAGCACCGGGCCCUGCUGAAUCAGAACAGGCGGCGGGUCUGCGGGUCUGCGACCGAACGGUGGGCACAGGUAUCUAUGAGAACUCAGGACUCCAGCCAUGCAGCCACAGGCCCUGCUCCAAAAGGACCGCCCCAUGCCUCAAAGGGAACCACCCGAAUUUUCUUGGCAUCCAACUGGUGACCUCUGACGUGCAUCCUUGACAACACGAGUUGCUUGCUAACCUCCGAGAGAGGAUCCCUUUCCUUAGGAGGGCCAGGCUAAGUGGGUGAGGUCUGGCCUGGUCCGGACUAUGCCGUCCAAGUCAGCUUGCCUGCGUCGUCACACGGAGGUACCUGGGCAGCUGGAGGGCAGAAUGCUCCAGGGACAGCUUCCAAACACAGACAAGAACCUCACCCCAACACCGGUCUCCCUACCAGCCACUGACCCUCACACUCCAGAGAUAAACCCCAUGCCUCCUUUCAGCAUUCCAGCAAAACCAAACAACCAGAACCCAGAAGCUAAAGCAAACCCCAUCACCCCACAGCUGCCCAUGAGACCCAAGUUGGAGCGAACCCUGUCCCUGGAUGACAAGGGCUGGAGAAGGAGGCGUUUCCAGGAUAGUCAGGAGGAUCUGACUGUCCAGAAUGGGACCAGUCCCUGCAGGGGCUCCAUGCAGGACUCUGUUGCCCAGUCUCCUGCCUGCAGCCGGCCCCUACCCUGCCUCAGCACAUCUUUACAGGAGAUCCCUAAGCCCCGAAGGGCCACAGGCAGUGAGGGCGGGAGCCCAUCCUUGUGGAGUGACUGUCUCCCUGGUAUGAUCAGCACCUCCUUGGACCUCCUGCACAGAGAGGCCUCCCCAAGUGGGGGCUCCCCCAGGUUGGCAAGUUUGCAUGCCGCACACACACCACCCGCCAUGGACCUCAACAUAGCCUCCACCUCUCUGAGAACAGCCAACAAGGUUGACCCCGAGCAUGCCGACUACAAGCUCCGCAUGCAGACCAGGCUGGUCAGGACCCACAGCAGCCUGGGCCCUAGCAGGCCCCGGAGCCCCCUGGCUGGUGACGACCACUCCAUUCACUCAGCUAGAUCUUCCUUCAGCCUUCUGGCUCCCAUCCGCACCAAGGACAUCAGAAGCAGGAGCUACCUGGAGGGAAGUCUUAUGGCCAGUGGAGCCCUGCUAGGAGCAGAUGAACUAGCCAGGUACUUCCCAGACCGGAACAUGGCUCUCUUCGUGGCCACCUGGAACAUGCAGGGCCAGAAGGAGCUCCCGGCGAGCCUGGAUGAGUUUCUGCUCCCCACGGAGGCCGACUAUAGUCAGGACUUGUAUGUCAUUGGCGUUCAGGAGGGCUGCUCUGACAGGCGAGAGUGGGAGACACGCCUGCAUGAGACACUGGGCCCUCAGUAUGUGUUGCUGUCGUCAGCAGCACAUGGGGUCCUGUACAUGUCCCUGUUUAUCCGAAGGGACCUCAUCUGGUUCUGUUCAGAGGUCGAGUACUCCACGGUAACUACGCGCAUCGUGUCUCAGAUCAAGACCAAGGGGGCCCUGGGUGUCAGCUUCACCUUUUUCGGCACCUCCUUCCUCUUCAUCACCUCUCACUUCACCUCUGGAGAUGGGAAGGUAGCUGAGCGGCUGCUGGACUACAGCAGAACCAUCCAAGCCCUAGCCCUGCCCCGGAAUGUGCCAGACACGAACCCCUACCGCUCCAGUGCAGGUGAGGGUUGUAGCAGCACAAGGCCCUCUGCACAUGACUGUUUCUGUCCCUUGGUCCCUGGCAGCUUAGCCGAAACCACUGGAGGACUUUUGAGAAUCAUGAAGUCCUCACUACUGAAACAGCUACUAGGGGAUGUCACUACCCGCUUUGACGAGGUGUUCUGGUUUGGGGACUUCAACUUCCGCCUGAGUGGUGGACGAGUGGCUGUGGAGGCCUUCCUGAAGCAGGAACCAGAGGUGGAUGUGCUGGCCCUCCUGCAACACGACCAGCUCACUCGGGAGAUGAAGAAAGGCUCCAUCUUCAGGGGCUUUGAGGAGGCAGAAAUCCACUUCCUCCCAUCCUACAAGUUUGACAUUGGUAAGGACACCUACGACAGCACCUCUAAGCAGAGGACACCUUCCUACACGGACCGGGUCUUAUACAAAAGCCGCCACAAGGGUGACAUCUGUCCCAUGAAGUAUUCCUCUUGCCCUGGGAUCAAGACUUCAGACCACCGUCCUGUGUAUGGCCUGUUCCGGGUGAAAGUGAGGCCAGGGAGAGACAACAUCCCAUUAGCCGCUGGCAAGUUUGAUCGAGAACUGUAUUUGAUAGGAAUUAAAAGACGGAUUUCAAAAGAACUUCAGAAACAGCAGACAAUGAAAAAUCAGAUCUCUAGUGCUGUCUGCACUGUGUCUUGAAGUCACAAGUACUGGCCACUGCAGCUCAGGGACCAAGGCCACUGGAAAGAGAUUGGGCUUGUGCUUGGGUGUCUCCUGCCACGUUGGGGUCGGUCUAAUAAACCAUGGCUAGGGCUAUCCUGCUCUCACUACAGACCCCACCCCUCAGGACAGCAUUGGGCCGGCCAGGCCAUGCUUAUGUCGGGGCAGGCCUGCUGUUUACGCCAUGUUCCUACAGGCACAUGGCGGAGAUUUGUUCUGAGCAUGGCUUAUACCACCAAGCAGCAGCCACACACAAAAACUGUAGACAGUGGUGAGGCUUGCCCUAAGCAGCCCUCCCCACAGGAACGGCCAACUUCCUGCCAUGGGGCACUGCAGCCUCUUAACCCUCUUUGUUCCUGUUCUCACGCCAGCCCCUUCCUCUUCUGGGGAGGGAUCAGGCAACCUCUAAAAGCUUAGGUAACCAAUGGUCCUAAAACCUGCCAAGGCCUAGAAUUCAGAGACCAAAGCCAGUCACUUCUACAUCCUGGCUCCAUACUCCCGGCCUCCAGUUGAAAGGGGCCUCUCCUCUCCACAGCUGUUACUAGCUCAUGGUUUUAGAAGCUUCAGACCAUUGCUUUUGUGCUGCUAGCCCAGAAUGGCAUUAGAAGUGGUGUCGCUGGCAGCGCAUUGGUGGGCUCCACUCCUUGAAGGUGGCUUAGAACUCAUCAUAGCUCUCAGUCUCGCCCCAUCCGAGACAUAGCCUUGAAUGUACAGACACCUAGGGGCAUCCACUCUAGUCUUCUAAAUAAUUUAUUUUUCCAUAUUUAUAUUUUUAAAUAAAUGCAUAUAUUUAAUCGUGAGCUCUUUUUGGCCAAAGACUGAACCUUUGAAGAAGCAGUCUGCCAUGCAUUCCAGGGCCUCGGGACAACCCCAGGUUUUUAAAGGGCAAUAGAAGUCAAAAAGCAGCAUUUUUUUUUUAAUUAAAAAACAGGGUUUCUGUUUAAUAGCUCUGGCUGUCCUGGGACUCACUUUGUAGACCAGGCUGGUCUCAAACUUGGAGAUCUGCCUGCCUCAGAAUCUCGAGUGCUGGGGUUAAAUGUGUGUGCUAUGACCUCCCAGCAAAGGCAACAAUUUUAGUCUUACCUGUCACCUGCUACUCAGCCCCAUCCCAGGUCCUUCUGCUAGGUGUUGUCCCUGCUCAUGGCCAGAAGUGGCAACGGCUGGGAAAAGUGACCACUUGGGACUCCAGUGACUCACAGUAAAACAUGCUAACAAAUGAGAUAAAACUUGCCAACAUCAGCUUCUAGAAUGUGGGAUGUCAGCAAACCCAGGCCUUUUUGCUUCAAUAAACCACUCAAAUGUA